AUGAGGAAAUUUUCCGACCUUGUCAUUUUUUACUUAGUCUUCCUUUUAAAUUUCUGCCUCUACAAAAACGGCGUCCAAGGUUACGGUGUGGCCAAUGAGGCAAUACCCAGUUUUAGGAGUGGCGCUUCGAAUAAUGAUCACAGUGAACAGAGGACACAGGGGUUAAACGGACGCAAUGGAAUUCACCAGAACGUCCAUACUUCCCCUAGAAAUUAUUACGGGGCAGUAGUGGGCUCGAGCGGGACAGCCACAGUCGGGAAUUCACACGUAACGGAGAACACCACAGAAGGGUCUGGUAACACAGAAGGAGAUGCCGGUAACACGGGUAAUGGUACAAGUGGUACAGCGAGUUCUGGUACUAGCGGCACGUUCAACGGAGCGCUCGUGAGGUUAUUCUUAAACACUGUAGUUAAGCCAGCCUUAAACUUUGUCAUAGGUGGGGAGAACCCUGUGUUUCCACCACCAUCGGCAAAUAUAGAGUCGCAACAACAGGAAGAACAAGGAGUGAUAAGUUCUCAACACCCUGGGCCAAACCCUCCGACAGAGGAAGGAUAG